GUAAAUUAUCAUUCUUCGAUGCUUAUUUAUUAUAUUUAAUUUUUUUUUAGUUUUUAGUAUAUAAUUUGGUAUAAUUAGUUUAAUUUUUUUUUAAUUAAGAUUUAUGCUUCAAAUUCAAAUACAAAGCAGUGUGGCAACCACGACCAUUGUUAUUGUGGGGAAAAAUUAUUGACAUAUAAAACAAUUUCAGACUGAUUUAAUAUUUUGUUCAUAAUUUGUAAAUAAAUGUAAACUAGAAAAUAAGAACGUAUUGAAAUGAGUAACGAAGCUUUAUACUGUAUAAAUGCGAUUUGUCGAAUUUGCCUGGAACAGCUACACAAUGGAAAUAUGUACGAUAUAUUUGCUAUACCUGGAUUAGCCAAAAAGUUAUGUGUUUGUGCUGCAUUAUCCGUGGAGCCCCACGACGGAUUUCCUCGUAAUAUAUGUGGAGUUUGUUAUACCCGUUUAAAUGACAUGCAAGAUUUUCUAAAAAUGUGCUUAGAAUCCGUAGAGAAAUUUCAGGAAUUGGUGGCUAAAAAUUUAAUUACUGACCAAGCUAUUGCGCUGGCUGUGUUGGAAACGGGUGAUGUAGAUGCACAAAACCCAGGUAUUGAUGAUGAUGAGCCUACGGACUUUGAUCCACUAUUAAAUCAUAAAUUAGAAAUUAUUGAAAAUGCCGAGGAUGUUUUUAAGAUGUUGGAAAAUGUUGACAAGGAAGUUAUUGAUAAUGUGGUAGAUAUUAAACCCAUAAUUUCUAUUAAUGAUAAAAAUAUACCUGACGUAAAAAAUUUAAACAGUGAUAAUUCCGAUUUUCAUGAUAAUGAUGGAUCUGAUUAUAAACCGUUUAACGACGACUAUGGUGUGGAUAAAAGUAGUGAUGAAAGCGACGAUGAAAAACCAUUGGCUGCACGUUUGCGAAAGUCUCGUAGGUCCAAAAGAGCAUUAAGAGCUGAAAAUAUAAUCGAUGAUGGGCUCGAUGCAGCUGAUUACGAGGAAGUCAUUAAAAAGAAAAACACAAAGCAGAAACGCCGACCGCGAAUAGAAGGAGAGGAUUCAUCCGCAAAUGCCAUAGAAUGCCACAUUUGUCAAAAGAAGUUCCGGAAAGCAGAAAGAUACGAAGAGCAUAUGCGACAUCACAAUGACAAGUUACCUCAUCAGUGUACAGUCGAAUCAUGUUCGAAGGGGUUUACAACAGCUAAUGGUCUGCGAUUGCAUAUGGAGCAUUGUCACGCUGAGACAUGCGAAAGUUUUCCGUGUCCCGAAGAAGGUUGCGGUCGCACGUUCCCACGAACACGUUUACUUAAUUGGCACUUGCGUAAGGUGCAUAAAAUUGCAAAAGAGUUGCGCGAAGCGAAAUGUUAUACCUGUGGUCAAUGCGAAAAAAUUUUCCGUUGUCCCAUGGCGCUUAAAAAGCAUAUGUAUAAACAUGAUGGCAAAGAGCUGCCAUUCCCAUGUAACAUCUGCGGUAAACGUUUCGUCAUCAAUAGUGCACUUAAGGAUCAUCUUAUGAGACAUGCGGGCAUAAAAAACUACGUCUGUCCCUACUGUGGUGUUGGCAAAACAACGCGACAAGAAUGGAACACACACAUAAACACGCACACGCAAGAGAAGAAAUUCAAUUGCCCACAAUGUACAUAUGCGUCACACAAUAAGCAAAACUUGCGAAUGCAUGUGAAAAUCGUGCAUGAAAAGAUCAAGGAUUACGCUUGCCAGUACUGUGGCAAGACGUUUGGUAAGUCAAACGCUUGCAAAAUGCAUGAAAUGACGCAUACCGGCGAAAAGCGUUGUGAGUGCAAAGUGUGUGGGAAGCGUUUUCUUUAUGCCAAAGCACUGACAAAACACCUUAAAACACAUGAGAAGCGUGUAUUACGUGCCAUUGAGGUGUAUCGCAAGCGACAAAUAGAAAAUGGCUUUAUGCCGGCCGAUGCGCCGGAUAUACCCAUACCCGAAUUGCCAUCCACGGAAUCACACACACAGGAGGCGCACCAAAAAGUGGCUGAGGAAAUACUCAAGGUUUGUGCUGAAUCUACCGCUACAAUACCGAAAAAUCCUCGACGUGUUGAACGCGUCGAUAUAUCGGAAUUGGCAGGCACUGCUGUAAACCCCAUACCAUCAGUCGCCGUACCGUCUUGGUCGCCGCAAAUAAAUUUUAUGAUGAAAGAGGGACCCUACAUCUGUCCGGAUUGUGGUCAAGGCUUUAACGGCCAAGGAAAUCUGAAACGACAUCAUCGCAUUGUACACGAAGGUGUUAAAGAUUUUGCAUGUCGCUUCUGCCACAAACGAUUUGCCAAAGCGCAGACGCUGAAACACCAUGAAAUGACGCACACUGGCGAAAAGCCGCAUGAGUGUAGCAAUUGUGGAAAGCGUUUCAUCCAGUAUGUGGCACUGAAGCGACACAUGAAAAUACACAUGAGUAAACCGCCGCCCGUCAUACCGUCCAGCGUGUACGAGGCCCGCGAGGAGUUGGAGAUGCAGGAGCGUGAAAAGUUGGCAACCAAACGUAAAAAGCUUGAAGCACGUGCAGCUAUUGCCGAACUUGCCCGCGAACAACUUAAUGAAAUGGUGCUGCAAGAGCCGGACGACAAAGUGCAAUCGCAAGCGGAUUCAGCAAAACAACAAGUAAUGCAGGAAAAUCAAGAAGUUCUGAAAAACGACCCUACACCGGUGUUAGAAACGAAAUCUGCAGUUAAUGCGGGUUUAGGUGAUUUUAUGCAUACGGAAGUAAGCAGCAAGGAUUCGUGAGCGAAAAAUAAUCCGAUUUGGAAAGAACUGAAUUUGCAUUGCCUUUUCAUAGCAUUCGCACAUCCAUGUACUUUAAACGUACUGGAGACGAUGUUAUGUACUUUUCUAGUGAAAGCUUAUCGCCGAAUUAAGUGGUUUUAAGUGGUCAAAAAGAACAAAAAUCGAGUUUUGUUGUAAACUGUUUUUUAUAAUUGAGUGGAUCAAAUUUGCAGUAUAAUUUGUUUAAUUUCGAACAAAGUUUAUCUCAUUUCAUAAAGCUAUAUACGUUUUUACGAAUCUGGAAUGAAGGAAUGGGUUCCACUUUAAGUGCCACACACACACACGUUAUGCAAUAAAGAUACAUACGUGAUUGAAAAUACAUUUUUAUGUAUGUUAAAAACUUGUAUAUGCUAAUUUACUUAAAUAUCUAUAAAUAUAUUUAUAAUUUGUU